UCCAGACUAUGAAAAGUACAGUUUGGUGCUUUUAUUUAUGGGAGUGUGGGUGGCUACCAGUUUGGCACGCAUCAAAUCUGGCAACCCUGCGAACUAAACCGCAUCCUUCCCUCCCACCUCUUUCUCGCAGGGGGGGCUGUAAUGCGCAUCUGCCCCUUUAAGAGGUCUCGGGUCCAGCGCAGCGGGGUUUUUCCUUUUCUCCGCGGCCACGCAGCGCGAUGAGGAGCAGCGCCGAGGCGAAGCCAUGCGCGCCGGGACCGCCUGCCUGCUGCGACUCACCGCGCUCUGCAUCAUCCUGCUCUCCCACGCAGCAGCAGCUUACUUCGGGCUCACGGGCCAGGAGCCCUUGGCUUUUUUGUCCAGCCCGUACAGCAGCGAGACCGCAGGUGGAAAAGUGCACGUAAAACACUGCGAGCAGAUGACGCUAACGCGGCGUCAGAAGCGCGCGUGCCGCCGCGAGCCGGGCCUGGCGGAGACGCUGCGGGAGUCGGUGCGCCUCAGCCUGAUGGAGUGCCGUUACCAGUUCCGCAAUGAGCGCUGGAACUGCAGCACGGACGGCCGGGGAAGCCUCCUGAAGCGAGCUUUCAAGGAGACGGCCUUCCUCCUGGCAGUGUCCUCAGCAGCUCUGUCACACACUCUGGCCAAAGCGUGUAGUUCGGGCCGUAUGGAGCGCUGCACAUGUGACGACACUCCGGGUCUGCAACAGCGUGAAGCGUGGCAGUGGGGAGUGUGUGGAGACAAUCUGAAGUACAGCACCAGGUUCCUCAAGAAGUUCCUGGGCCAGAAACGGGUUAGCAAGGACCUGCGGGCUCAGGUCGAUGCACAUAAUAUAAACGCCGGCAUCAGGGCUGUAAAGAACGGGCUGGUGACGACCUGCAAGUGUCACGGCGUCUCCGGCUCAUGUGCAGUGCGCACGUGUUGGAAGCAGCUUUCGCCGUUUUAUGUGACUGGCCAGCUGCUGAAGUAUCGCUAUGACACGUCCGUGCGUGUCCUCAGUGUCACCAAUGCAGCUACCGGUGACACCGAGCUGGCCGGGCCGGCACGCCGAGGUGACACGGCUCCCCGGCCACACCCCUCCGAGCUGGUGUUCUUAGAAGAGUCGCCUAGCUUCUGCCGCCCUUCUCGGUACUCGGCCGGUACAGCCGGUCGCUCCUGCGCCAAGGACACAAGCUGCAGCAGCCUUUGCUGUGGACGCGGCUACAACACAGCGCUACGCCUCGUCACACUGUCCUGCAACUGCCAGGUACGGUGGUGUUGCCACGUCGAGUGCCAGACCUGUGUCCGCGAAGAAGAGGUAUACACAUGCAAGAAGCACUGAGAGAAACAGAAAGAGAGCAAAGCAAAA